AUGGCGGCGGAGGACAGCGGUGGUGCUGGGCGUGCGGCAAUGGCGAAGCUGGGGAAGAGCUUGCGGAGAAGUGGAACAUCGUUUAUUAGGCAACUAGCUGUAGGAAAUGCAUCUCAGGCCAAGGUGUGUGGGAUUUGUACUGGUAUGGGUCAUUCUACAGAGAUGUGCCCACUGAUUCAAGGGGAGAGUGUGGAGCAAGUGAACAUGACUGGUCACGCGCCCGCGCCAAGACAGCCAUACGACCCAUACUCGAAUACGUACAAUCCGGGUUGGAGAGAUCAUUCUAACUUCAGCUAUGGAGGAAAUAGGCAGUCGAAUUUUGCACUAAAUAGGCAGCAAGGAUACCAACAACAGUUGGAGAAAUCGAAGAAGCAGGACAAUGAGAAAGAGAUCCUGGAGGUGCUUCACAAGGUAGAGAUCAAUAUCCCCCUGCUAGACGCAAUCAAACAAGUGCCAAAGUAUGCAAAAUUUUUGAGAGAUUUGUGCGUCAACCAAAGAAGGCUAGGGGGAGAUGAAAGGGUCAUCGUGGGGGAGAAUGUGUCAGCGGUUCUACAAAGAAAACUCCUACCGAAAUGUGGGGAUCCAGAUAUGUUCACUAUCCCCUGUACGAUAGGUAACACUUUGAUUAGGAAGGCCAUGCUGAAUUUAGGGGCAUCGAUUAAUAUAAUGCCUAAAUCUAUCUAUACUUCUCUGAACCUAGGUCCAUUAAAAGAAAUUGGAUUAAUAAUUCAGUUAGCUGAUCGAACCAAUGCAUACCCUGAUGAAUUGGUUGACGAUGUGUUGGUCAAAAUUAAUGAUUUGGUAUUCUCAACUGACUUUUAUGUACUUGACGUGGAUGAUGAUCAUUCCCCUGACCCCUCACCUUUGCUACUAGGUAGACCUUUUUUUAGCACAGCACAGACAAAACUUGAUGUUAAUAAGGGCACCUUGUCCAUAGAAUUUGAUGAAAAAAUAGUCAAUUUUAAUAUUUUUGAUACAAUGGAACAUCCUGUUAACUCUCACUCUGUGUUUGCUAUUCAUGCUAUUAAUCCCUUUGUGCAAGAAUUUUCUGAAUUUGCUUGUAGGGAUAAAUUCAAAAUUGUUGCGAACAAGUAUUAG